GAAGUUCAUUUCGUCCGAACAUCAUGACACUUUUUAUAACCCCGGAAACCACGUUAAUACUUGUUGACAGUUAUCAACUUUAUUCUGAUUUAUUAACAUAUGUAUAAUACUUAAUGUUUACGCCAGUUUGCCCAUUUGUAAUCACUUAUUUAAUGCUACAUAACUCAUCAAACAUGUGCCAUGCCUUGUGUUUAAUCCAUUAUUAGUUGGUACUGAUUAGAAUUCCAGAUGGAGACGUAGAAUAUGUUCUGUAUUUAAUCGAGUUAAGAUGGAGACAAUGUGACGUCAUCAAAUAGAUCACAUGACCCAUCUGGAUACUCAGUGACGUCAUUAUAUGAAGUCACGUUACUGUUUCAAGGGUCAUGUGACCUUUUCCUAUAAAUACCCCAGAUUUUCCCUUGAACUUUGUCAAUUGUAUUGUCCGCUUUGCAGACGCAACCUCUAUGCACAAUGUCUUAUAGAAAAUAUCCAUCUGGAGAGGAAAUCAAAUAUGAAUGCAGAUUGUGCGAUCGAGAUUACCCAAGAAGAGCAAAUAUUAUCCGACACAUUCUAGAGCGCCAUUUCGGAGCCUGUUUCAUAUGUUUAGGCUGUGGCAAGCAAUUUAGUAGAGAGAACGCACCACAUACUUGUAAAGAUGCGAACAAAGUUAGAUUCGAGGCCUACAACAAAAUAACAAAAUUGAAGGGAAGGGAAGCCGAAAAUGCUGCUACAAAGUACAAAUGUACAGAAAUUGAAAAGGACUUCCGUAUCAGGAAAACACACAAAUGUAAAUUCAUACCAGAAAGAACCCCUCAACUAGAAGGCAUAAAAAGUAUAGUCCUAAAAAGAAAAUUACAAAAUGAAGAAACAAGACCAUGGAAAAUUCCAAAAAUACAAUCUCUACCUAAAACAACGUCUAAUCAAACAUCAACCUCUACUAAACUUUUUGACGACCUGAAAUUAUCGGAUGAUGAAAUUGAACUUACUGACAUUGAAGUGCAGCCAAUUGAAAUCAUUGAACCUACAGAACAGAAAACAGAUGAAAACAAACAUGAGAAAACAAACAAUAACACUGAAAAUGAAAACAAACAAGUAAAACCAAAAGAAGAUAAAAGUUACAAUAAAGCAAACACUGACAAAAAGAGUGAAGAAAAUAACACAAAGCAAACCAAAGAAAAUGAACAAACAACAUCAAACAGGAACAUUAUAACUGAAAACAAACACAAAGACAUAGUGAACACAGACAAUCAUGAAACAGACAAAAAGAGUGAAGAAAGUAACACUAAAACAAACAAGAACAAUGAAAAAGAAAACAAGGAAAAAGAAACAACCAAAGAAAAAUGCUACAAUAAAACAAAAAUGGACAAAAACAGUGAUCAAACAAAUAUAAACAAGAACCAUAAACAAGGAAACAAAGAAGAUAAACCAAACCAUAAACUGACUGAGAAAAACCAAACAAUGACAAAUAAAACCAGUGAAAAGAAAACCUCACAUGAAGUAAAGGGAAAGGAGUUAAACAAAAACAAUGAACAAAAUAAAGAAAAACAGACAGUUAGAAAAUCAAUUGAAGAUAAAUGUAUGACAAUAGACAAACACACAGAAAAACAGAAGGAAAAACAAAUGGAACACAAUGCAAAAACAACCAAUAUGAAUACCCAUAAACACAAACAAAAACAAGAUGAAAAAGAAACAACAAAAACAAAGUCAAAGAAAACUGAAAAUAACAAAGAAAACAACGAAAAUGUACACCAGAGAAAUAAACAAAAAGAUAACUUCAGUAUAAUAAGAAAAUCUAAACCACAAAAAGAACAAAUUACAAAUACAAAUUUUGAAGGUGACAUAUUGAAAGAAGUUAUAGACAACCAAUUUAAAACAAGCGAUACAAGAAUAGUAAUAUCAGACUACCAAACAACACCAAUACCCAGUGAUUGCGAAUCUGAAGAAGAAGACAGAGACGACCCAUUCCAAAUGGAAAGCAACUAUGAAAAACUUCAACUGAUUCAAAGACAACAAGAAGAAUUCAUUCAAUUAAACAUAGGCCGGACAAUCUUUUACACAUCAAAAAUAACAUUGUUAAAUAGUCCGUACUCAAUACUCCAUCAGAUGACUCAAGAAAAUUCGCCCGUCAAUAUUCUAAGGGUGGUAGAGAAGAGGAAAUUAAAAACCAGACCAAUGAUUGAUUUCCUUAUAUCUGAUACUACUAAGAAGAUUUUUAACGGUACAACUAAAAGUGAACUGCAUGAUAAGUUUUUAACCGGUACCAUUAGAGAACGAGCUAAAAUGAAACAUCGCGGAUUUGGUCUGAUUGACGAUGAUGAACAGAUAGAGUUUCUACUGAGCACAUACUUGACAUGGAUUAAACAGAUAAAUAAGAACAUACAUUUAGAUGAUGUCAACUAUGUGUUUGACGUAUGGGUACCAGAG